CGGCGCAUGCGCGCUGCGCCCGGCGCCGCGGUGCCGCCCCGCUGAGGUGGCGGCGGGAAGAUGGAGGCGGCGGCGCUCGGCGGGCCGGUGCUGCCGGCCGCCAUCGCCCUCCUCCUCCUCAUCGCGCUACUGCUGGCGGCCGCUCGGCGCCGCGCCGCCCCGCGGGGGCUGCCGGACGGGCCCCCGGACGGUUCCAGGGCGAACGGCGAUGCUGUCGCCAGGCCGGAGGAGCACAGGAAGGUGAGGGUGCUGACGCGGUCCCGGCGGGACAAACCGCAGCAACACAGCUUCGCCCACCGGCUGCUGGUCGCCGCCCUCAAGGGCCAUAGCGGCUCUGUGUCCUGCCUGGAUUUCAGCAGCAACGGCAAGUACCUGGCGUCGUGUGCUGAUGACCGCACAGUCCGACUGUGGAGCACCCGGGACUUCACGGCACGUGAGCACCGCUGCCUGCGCGCCAAUGUGGGGCUGGACCACGCCGAGCUUGUCCGCCUCAGCCCAGACUCACGGGCAUUCAUUGUCUGGCUGGCGAAUGGUGAGACUAUUCGUGUCUAUAAAAUGACUAAGAAGGAUGAUGGCAGCUUCACCUUUACAGCAACUUCUGGGGACUUCCCAAAGAAGCACAAGGCUCCCAUCAUCAAUAUUGGAAUUUCAGAGACAGGAAAGUUUAUCAUGACAGCUUCCAGUGACACUACCAUCCUGAUAUGGAGCCCGAAGGGUGAAGUCCUGGCCAGCAUUAACACUAACCAGAUGAACAAUGCCUAUGCCACGGUGUCACCCUGCGGGAGGUUUGUGGCAUCCUGUGGCUUUACCCCUGAUGUGAAGGUGUGGGAAGUGUGUUUCAGCAAGAACGGAGACUUCCGGGAGGUGACCAGGGCUUUUGAGUUGAAAGGGCACACCGCCGGCAUACAUUCCUUCUCCUUCUCUAACGACUCAAGGAGGAUGGCGACUGUUUCCAAGGAUGGGACAUGGAAGUUCUGGGACACGGAUGUGGAAUAUAAGAAGCAGCAGGAUCCGUACCUUCUUCUGACUGGGAAGUGUGAGGUGACCGAGCCUUGUCGCAUCGCCCUGUCCCCCAACGCUCACGUCGUUGCCAUCUCUAGCAACGCAGACAUUGUUGUGUAUAACACGAGAAGAGGAGAGGAGGAGGAGCGCUUUCUGGCUGUGCACGGACAGUGCAUAACAGACUUGGCUUUUGACACCAGCAGCCGCUACCUGGUGUCGUGUGGGGACCGCGCCAUCCGCAUCUUCCACAACACUGCUGGUCACCGAGCAGUGGUGGAGGAGAUGGAGACCAUGCUGAAAAAAACUGGGAACAAAGCCACCCGAGAGAGGCUGGAGCAGCAGAUCUCCAGUGCCCGAAAAGCACUGGCUGCAAUCUAUGGCAAGAAGCAGUAAUCCCCACCGCACCGUGGUGCAUCCUGGCUCUCUGCUGUCGGAGGCAGAUACAUUCUGCCUUUGGGGAUAUUUUUUUUUCUUAAUAACACUGAACAAUUUGUAAUAAAAGAGCGUGCAGACUGCA